AUGUCAGAAGACACAAUUAUGUCUAUGAAUGAUCAGAAAAUUAAAAUUGAACCACCAGAAUAUUCAGAAGAAGAUAUUAAAUGCGAAAUUGAGGAUCAAUUUGAUAUUCUUGAUGAUAUUGUUAAAUCUGAAUCGUGCCCUGAAGACCAUGAAACAUGUUUAGAAAGAUUCAUGAAUUCCGAAGUGACUAUAGAAGAAGAAGUCAAACAGGAGCCAAUCGAUACUUGUGAUAAUACUGGAUUAUUUGCAGAACCUGAUCAAUUAAAAGAGCAUAUGGUCAGUCACAUGCCUAGUCAAAGCAAAGAACGUCCUUUCGAAUGCGAAAUCUGUCAUAAAACUUUCAAACUAACAAAACAGUUGAAAGCACACAUGAUUGCACAUUCUGAAGAACGACCCUUUAAAUGUGAUGUCUGCCAUAAGACUUACAAACAAUUAGGUCAUCUAAAAUAUCACAUGACGUUGCAUAGCGGGGUACGCCCUCAUGAAUGCAAUAUAUGCAAUGAGACAUUCAAACAAUUAAGCCAUCUGAAAGAUCACAUGGUCAUUCAUAGUGGAGUACGGCCCCAUGAAUGCAAUAUAUGCAAUAAAACAUUUGCACUUUCAGGUAAUCUGAAAAGACACAUGGUUAUUCAUAGUGGUGAGCGCCCUCAUAAAUGCCAUGUAUGCAAUAAGACAUUUACAGAAUUAGGUAGUCUGAAACGUCACUUGGUCAUUCACAGUGGACUACGUCCCUAUGAAUGUGAUAUAUGCAAUAAGACAUUCACACAAUUAGUCAGUUUGAGAACACAUACACUGAUUCAUGAUAGAGAGCAUCGUUAUGAAUGUGAAAUAUGCAAUGAAGGAUUUACUAUAUCGAAGGAUUUGAAAAAACAUAUGCCACUUCAUAGUCUGAAGCAUGAUGAAAAUAAAUGA